CUGCCCACGGCCCGUCCUCCCCACCCUGCCCUUGCUCGCCUGCCUCUCGCCUCUCACGUUCCUCUCUCCCUCACCGGCCUCCACGGUUUCUUCACCCUCCAUCACAUCUUUACUCCGGUUUUCGUCCACCGCUCUUGUUUCUUCCCACCCCUGCUGUCGCUGUGGACUUUCCAACUUUCCUCCCUCCCUCCUCACUCGCUCCUAUCCCUCCGUCUGCCCAUCGUCGUUUCUGGGCUCUUUCCGCGAUGUCUGGACACUCUUUCGGGCUCCGCCAUCACACCCACUGCCCCUCGGACCGCCAACCUCGGGUCACGCGUCCUCUCCAUCCUCCCGUCUCCUGGUGUGUGUCUCCGUCCUUCUGCCUUCCUUUGGCCUGCCGUUCUCAUCCUCUCUGGCCACCCAUCUCCACAUGUCUCCACCUCUGGCCCAUCUUUCUCCCACCCACUGUUCCAGUCUCAGGUCUCCUCCCAGCCUGGCGGCCCCGUUCGACCUCCUGCGUGCCCCAUGUCGGCCCUCCUGCUCCUCGGGACCCUCCUGCUACUGGCCUCGACUACCGGCCAGGCUGGGGCGCGCCCGUCCAACGCCACAAGCCCGGAGCCCCCGGGCCCGCUGCCCGCCCUGCUGGCGCACCUGCGGCGCCUGACUGGGGCGCUGACCGGUGGCGGGGGUGCAGCAAGCCCCGGCACCAACGGCACCAGGACCAGCACCCCGAACGGGGCGGGCGCGGCAGCACGCGCACCCCCUCCCGCCGAGCUCUGCCACGGCUACUACGAUGUCAUGGGCCAGUACGACGCCACCUUCAACUGCAGCACUGGCUCCUACCGCUUCUGCUGCGGCACUUGCCACUACCGUUUCUGCUGCGAGCACCGCCACAUGCGCCUGGCGCAGGCCUCCUGCUCCAACUACGACACGCCACGCUGGGCCACCACGCCGCCGCCGCUGGCCGGGGGCGCCGGGGGCGCCGGGGGUGCGGGCGGGGGGCCCGGGCCCGGCCAGGCCGGGUGGCUGGAAGGGGGCCGGGCGGGGGGCGCAGGAGGGCGUGGGGGCGAGGGCCCCGGGGGCAGCACUGCCUACGUGGUGUGUGGGGUCAUCAGCUUCGCCCUGGCGGUGGGCGUCGGCGCCAAAGUGGCAUUCAGCAAGGCGUCCCGGGCGCCCAGGGCGCACCGGGAGAUCAACGUGCCCAGGGCUCUGGUGGACAUUCUGAGGCAUCAGGCGGGGCCUGGGGCCCGGCCAGACCGGGCGCGAAGCAGCUCCCUAACCCCGGGGGUCGGGGUUCCAGACAGCAUGCCCCCGAGGACACCCAAGAACCUCUACAACACCGUGAAGCCCUCCAACCUCGAUAAUCUGCACCACAACUACCUGCACCUCAACGUCAACAGCCCCAAACACCAUGCUGCCACGCUGGACUGGCGAGCCAUCCCGCCGCCCAGCCCCUCUCUGCACUACUCCACGUUGUCCUGCUCUCGGUCCUUCCACAACCUGUCCCAUCUGCCCCCGUCCUACGAGGCCGCUGUGAAAUCUGAACUCAACCGCUACUCCUCGCUCAAGAGACUGGCUGAGAAGGAUCUGGACGAGGCCUACCUGAAGCCCAGGCACGUGGCAGAGGUGCCCCGCGGGACGCUGCCCCUGCACGCUCUUCGGCGACCUGGCACAGGGGGCGGCUAUCGCAUGGAUGGCUGGGGUGGUCCUGAGGAGCUGGGCCUGGCGCCUGCACCCAACCCGCGGCGUGUCAUGUCCCAGGAACACCUGCUGGGCGACGGUGGCCGGGCGCGCUACGAGUUCACACUGCCGCGUGCGCGCCUUGUUUCCCAGGAGCACCUGCUCCUGUCUUCCCCUGAGGCCCUGCGCCAGAGCCGCGAGCACCUUCUGUCGCCCCCGCGCAGCCCAGCGCUGCCCCCCGAGCCCACCGCCCGCGCCAGCCUGGCUGCCUCGCACUCCAACCUGCUGCUGGGGCCCGGGGGCCCCCCUACACCGCUGCACGGGCUGCCUCCGCCGCCUGGCCUGCACGCACACCACCACCACGGCCUGCACGGCUCACCGCAGCCCGCCUGGAUGUCAGACGCCGGCGGAGGUGGGGGCACACUGGCCCGCAGGCCCCCCUUCCAGCGCCAAGGCACGUUGGAGCAGCUACAGUUCAUCCCCGGCCAUCACCUGCCCCAACACCUGCGCACUGCCAGCAAGAAUGAGGUGACUGUCUGAGUGUCUGAGGCUGGGCUGGGGACUUGCCGGCCGCAGCCUCCCCGGCCCCCAUCCCAGCCUGCAUCCCCCGACACACUCCAGGGGCCAGAGACCCACAUCAGUGGCGGUGGGGUGGGGACAAGGGCUGCCUCUAAGGACACUGCUGUGGAUGAAAUCGACAUCAAAGACAAAGCCUCCUUCCACGAUGUCAUGGCAGACAAGAUUCCUCCUCCUGUGUCCCUUUGAGGCCAGGCCUCCUUCCCAUGACGUCCUCACAGAGGAAGAGGCCUGUACGCGAGGUUAUCCCGAGCGAAAUGUCUGGGUUUAUCAUGUAGACAAAACCUCCUCCCCGCAAGGUCGUCACAGAGGACUAGGCCUGCCCUUAGUUCGUCACCGGGGCCAUGUCUGUGUCCCAUGACCUCAUCCCAAGACUUCCUCCUGUGACAUCCUAAGAGGAACAAUGCCUUGUCCUAUGACCUCAUCCCGAGAGACAAAGCUUCCUCCCCGUGAUGUCACUGCACAGACAAACUGCACCUUUAUGGUGUCAUCUCUGGCAUCAAAAGGCCUCUGUUGGCAUCAUCAUCACCAGGAGAAUAUUUUCUUCCAGAGAAGAUGCCUCUGUCUAUGAUGUCACCACUACAGACAAAGCCAUCUUCCUGGGACACGUGACAAGGGAAAGCACCUCACCAACUGUGUCCUGAGACAUAAGGCCUCCUCUCUAUGACACCAUCACAGGGACUCUGCUUCCUUCCCGUGAUGCCAUCACCAGAGAGGGUGCCUUGCCCGAUGAUGUCAUCAGAGGGACUGUGCCUCCUCGGUGUCUUCACCACCAGAGAUGACAGCCCGCUUUGGGAAUAUCUCCAGGAUGAGGCCCCUUCUUCAAUGUCGCCACCAGACUCUGCCUGCUCCGAGGUGACGCCUGAGACACAUCCACUGCUGCUGCCAUGUCACAGAAAGGCAGGGCAUGCCCAGAGCCCGUGGCCACCCUGGCACUCACCAGAGAAAGUGCCCUGUCCUGAGAUGUCAAUUGAGGGAUGUCCUCACUGCAGAGGCCGCCCCCUGCCAUCCGCAGAGGUCUCUGCCAGCGAGGACUGUCCGUGGGUUAUUGGCAGCAAGCCUCCACCCCAUCUGAGGCUCUGCCCCAAGGCCAUGACGUCAUCACCAGAGACACCACCUGCUCCAGAAGGCCAUCACUUGUGGUGGCAUCACCAGUUUCUGCCUUCCCCUGACCCCAGGGACAUGCCCUACAGGAUCUCCACCAGACACUCCCCUAAAGGGAGGUCUGGCCAUGGGUCCCACCCCUGUGCAGUGAUGCCACCUCCUGUUAGACUCCUAGAGGGCAGCACUCCCAGACUGGCUUCUCCUCCUAAGGCUCACCAGGCUCCAGAGUCCUGGAAUUCAGAGGUGACCAAAAGGCUGGCACCACUUCUCUCUGCCAUAACCACAGACAUCAAUGCCUCUGUAAACAAAGUCCUGGCCUCCUGUUGGGGGGUGGGGGGAGGGAGGGGUAUGCCUGCUAUUGAUCAGGCUGAUGACAUCAUCAGCACCACAAGACUUCCACCAUUCAUGAUGGCAUAGUACCUGGCGUCAAACGUUAACCAUGCCUGAUGAUGACAUCACUUCCCAGGAUUCCCUAUGACCUGUGGUGUCUUCAUCUCCCAGGAUCCACCACAAGUAGGGUGUCAUUCUCUUCCAGGAUUUACCAUAACUAUAGUGUCACCUUCUCCCAAGGUUUGCUAUAGUCAGUGGUGUUACCAUCUUUCAUGAUUCUCCACAACCAUCGUGUCAGUUCCCAGGAUCCACACCAAAACCACUGUAUCAUCAUUUCCCAGGGUUCACCAUAGCUAAUGGUGUCAUCAUCUCCCAGAAUCCACAUGACCAAUGAUGUCAUUACUUUCUAGAAUCCAUUAUCACCGAUCGUAACAUCUUCUCCUAGGAGCCACCAGCACUGGUGGUGCCACCGUUUCCCAUGGUCCCCCAAAAUUGUGGUGUCAUCAUCUCCCAGGAUCCACUUCAACCAUGAUGUCAUGCUCCAGGAUCCACCACAGCCAUAGUGUCAUCACCUCCCAGGAUUCAAUUCAGCCAUGGUAUCAUGACCUCCCAGCAUCCAUGACAGUCAGUGGUGUCCCAGGACCCAGACACUCAAUAGCAUCAGCACCUCCCAGGGUCCGUGUCAACCAUAGUGUUGUCAUCUUCUGGGAUCCGCCCCAACCAUGACAUCAUCAUCUCCCAGGACCCAUGACACCUAAAAGGGUCAUCAUCCCCCAGGGUCCAUGUCAACCAUGGUGUCAUCAUCUACUGGGUUCUACCCCAACAAUGAUAUCAUCUCCCAGGACCCAGACACUCAAUAGCAUCAGCGCCUCCCAGGAUCCAUGUCAACCAUGGUGUCAUCAUCUACCGGGAUCCACUUUAAAUUGGUGUCAUCAUCUGUCGGGGUCCAACCUAACUAUGGCAUCGUCAUCCAGGACCCAGUGAUGUCCUCACUUACUAGGAUCCACUUAAACACAUUUCACGUAUCUUCAUCCUCCAGGAUCCAUCGUCUUGGGAGCAAAGGACCAAGAGAGCUGUACUUCAGUUGUCUUUUGAGGUCAUCUACGGUUGUUCCCUUAAAGGGAAGCAGCACAAUAUACAUCAUUUUCCCAGUCCCUCAAGAAUGGAGUGGGGUGGGGUCCCUCUGAAGACGUCAUCCUACUGUGGCCCUUCUUGAUAAUGUCACUGCCUUGCUCCUGGACUUAGGCUGGUGCCGGCAUCAACCCCACCACCAACCUGGCCUUGGCCAGCCCCCUAUCAUCCCCUGGUGAGGGCACCCUGGCCCCUCCUGAUAACUCACUGCCCUUCACCGAAGCAUCUGAUCGGGGACAGGGUCAACCCGGAGACCUCUUAAAAUCACCAGAGGGGCUGUCCAGCCCUAGGGCAAUGUCACUGCCCCUUGCCCAAUCCCUGUUACCUGGAUCCCCCCCCAGAAUAGCACUCCACUGGCUUGGGCCAAACGCUCCCCAGAGACCCCUUGUGGGCUGGGCCAACAGCUGCUGACCUCCCUAGGGCCUUCAGUGUGUCCUCUGCUGGCCUGGUCCUGGGGCAGACACAUCUGGAGAGCCACAGCCACCGCCAGCGCAGCUGUGAGGGCAGAGUGGUGCUCUGUGUCAUCCCAAGGUGGCAGAGAAGCCGCACGCUCCCCUUCAUUUCCCCUCACACACUGGGGAGCCUCUAGGGUUUCGGGAAUCCAAUGCACAAUUUGCCCCCAAUUCUCUUUGUACAUAGCCAUGUUGGAGGGGCGGCCAUUCCCCCACUCUUAAAGGGCUACAUGCCCCCUCCCCCAGCCCCCAGGGUAAGGUGGAGGGGGCUUCUUUUCCCUCCUCUGGGCCGUCCCCCUCCCUUUCCUGUCUCCUCCCAGAUACUGGCACCUCAGUGCACCCCUUCUCAUCAGGAGCCUGAGGCAGACAACAGGACCUUGCCUCCACCACACUGAGGAAACUAGGGGGUUACCCACAAUCUACCAGAGCCCCAGUGCCAGUUUGCCAGUUCUUCAAGUCCAUGCUUACAGCUGCCCCUGUGGGCUCCCCCAAUCCUUUCAAGGGCCUUUCCAUGCCCAGCACCCCUACAGCAGACUGUGACUUCCCCCAAAAGGAGCCGGCUUGGGCACCUACCCAAUCCCAGAUCCCUUCCCCUCUGUUCACCACCCCCAAGGAGCACUCAGCUUUCUCUACCCCCCAGAAUUGGGGGGAUUGGCCUUUCAGCUUUUGUGUGCCCCUCCUCAACUUUCUCUUUCCCAGCCCAGAUUCCAGGUAUCUCAUCCCCUUCCCCCCAUCACUUGGCACCGGCUGCCUGACCCUGGGGCCUGACCUCUUUCUCAAACAAGCCAUAGUGGGUAGAAGUCUCAAGGGAGGGUGAGGAAAUAAGCACGUCCUGCCAGAUCCCCUUGAUGCUUCUGGAGUUGAAACCUCACCAUCUGAGUCUCCUCCCCUACCUCCCGGCCCACCCACAGCCUUGUAAGUGCAUACAGUCUUGCACACACACACACACACACACACACACACCGAUUCUGGCACGGGGGACACAAACACACACACACACACACACACACACACACACACACACACACACACACACACACACACACCGAUUCUGGCACAGGGGCAGUGGAGGGCCGUCCAGAGAAUAUAAACAAUUCUGGAACAAAAGACCUUCCACGGCUCUGCCUCCUCCCUUACUCUCCCCACCUAUUUGUCCCAACACUGGACUCUUGCCCCAGUCCCUUGGUGAGGACAGCCAGCCGAGCUGCAAUUUGGGGUUUUUUUUGGUUUUUUUUUUUUUUGGAAUAAACAGAUGUUUUCCUCA